GAGCCGCGGACACGCCGGGACCGCGGUACGCCGGGCCGGGCCGCGCGACGCAGGGGAGAGGCAGUGCGGUUACCUGAGCCCGUCGGCGCGGAGCGACGGAACGCAGCUUCCCGGCAGCGAGGCCGCCGCGUGGUCCGCAGAGCGAAGGAGCAGCAGCUACGGCGGCGCAGCCUCCUCGCACCGCUCCCUGCACACUGGACGGUGCGGGGCUUCGGCCGUGGUACCGCCCCUGCCGGGCUCCGUCUCCGCCUCUCUCCGCUCCGCCUUCCUCCUUCCCUUUUCCUCCUCCUCCUCCUCCAGCGCCGCCGGCGCUCGGGUUCUAAUUCUUCCUCCUCCGCCCUCCUCAGCCUCCUCCCCUCGGGCCGGCCGCCUGCCCCUUCGCGAACCAAAACACAAACACUCAAGUCCCGGCGCCGCCGCCACUUCCGCCGCCCGGCGCCAGCCCCGCCGCCACGUCGCGGCACGCAGCAAGCUACGUCUCUUCGUCACUUCCGGACGGCGCUAGGCCGCCCGCUGCACCCGCCUCCCCGCCCGACUCCGAGCCUCCGGGUCCUGGGCCCCGCCCCGUCAGAGCCAUUGUUUUCUGGGCGGGGAUGGAGGGAGUCCCGGCGGCGGGGCGGGGAAACUCCGGGCGGCCUGCUUGGGGGGCGGGCCGGGGCGGGGCUUGCGGUGCUGUCCCUGGCGGAGGGGUCGUGA